CAACCACGCUCUGUAUUCGCACAUCAUUGGUUUAGUCUGAUGUGGGAAUUCUGCCCCGCCCUUUUUGUAUUUGUGGGAUUUCUAUAGGUUUACAAGCAUGCUUCUCGUCACCACUCUUCCGGACACGAGAGUAGUUGCAAAACAGCAUCUCGUAAACGGUGUGGGAAGGACAUCUCAACAGAAAGCCACCUAAAUUAGUACGAAGAAAUCCAACUUCCCACACCUAACCAUGACGCUUGCCGAGGCACUCCAGGUUUUGCGGGGCGCUGGUAAAGUGGGGGCUGCCUUUGCCACCAUCCAAGGGGAACAGUUGAGACUGAUGGCAUGCAACACCACACUGGGAGCAGGGGUCGCGUCUGCCCAGGCUGCUGUAACAGAUGUCCUGAGUACGAUGAUGGGUGGUGGGCAGCAAGCGAUCAAGACGGACGAGUUCCCUGACAGCGAGGGAUGGGAGGAGAUGGAUCAGAGUGAGGCAGAGAAGUGGGCUAUGGGGGCUGAGUUUCCCCCUGAUGUUGAUAAGCAGACAGGCCCUGGCCCUGGGGAGGUGCCCGGUGGUACCCCAGGAAGUACGACCAUGGGUGGCGCUGGAGGAGCUCCCGGCUGGGCACGGCAGAGUGCGCGAUUCCUACACGUUGCCGUGCCCCUUCGGCACACCAGGUUCGUUCAUGAAUCAGUGAUUACCCGACUGACCCCGGAAGACAUCAAGAAAGCCCGGGAGGCGAAGCAGGGCACAGCGAAGAUAACCAGACAAAAGCUCAGUGAACGUGCCAAGGAAAGGCAAGUGCCAGCCACGAGAUUAAGCCGCCUUGUUAAUUUUGGAGGUUUGGCAGUGGGGCUUGGGAUGGGAACCAUAGCUGAGAUGGCUAAGCAGACCAUUGGAGGCCAGCGCUCAGAGAAAGGUGCCCUGUUGGAUUCGGCUUUCCUCUCAGAGGCAAACGCGGAGAGGAUUGUGGAAACGCUAUGCAAAGUGCGAGGGGCUGCACUGAAGAUCGGUCAGAUGCUCAGCAUACAAGAUAACAGCUUCAUCAACCCUCAGCUGCAGAAGAUCUUCGAGAGGGUCCGACAGAGUGCAGACUUCAUGCCUGUCUGGCAAUUGAAUAAAGUGCUACAGGAGGACCUGGGUCCCGACUGGAGAGAGAAGCUGUCCUCGUUCGAAGACAAGCCCUUUGCUGCUGCUUCCAUCGGCCAGGUGCAUCAAGGGAUGCUGAGGGACGGGAGGGAGAUCGCCAUGAAGAUCCAGUAUCCAGGGGUAGCACAGAGCAUCCACAGCGACAUCAAUAACAUGAUGUCUGUGCUGAAGAUGAGUGUUAUUUUGCCCGAAGGAUUAUUUGCAGACAGUAGCCUAGAGGUCCUUCAGAGGGAGCUUGUCUGGGAAUGUGACUACAAGAGGGAGGCAGAGUGUGCCAAGCGAUUCAAGGCUCUGCUGGCUGAUGAUCCAUUCUUCAUGGUACCAGAAGUGGUGGACGAGUUGACGGCCGGCCGGGUUCUGGCCAUGGAUCUGAUUGAUGGCGUGCCACUGGACAGCUGCGUGGAUCUGGACCAGGAGACCAGAAACAAGAUCUGCUUCAACAUCCUCCAGCUGUGCCUGAGGGAGCUCUUUGACUUCCGCUUCAUGCAGACAGACCCUAACUGGGCCAACUUCUUCUACAAUGCCGAGCAAGACAAGGUCAUUCUGUUGGAUUUCGGCGCCUGCAGAGAUUACCCCGAGAAGUUCACAGACGACUACGUUGAGGUGGUGUAUGCAGCCUCAGUUGGUGACAGAGACACUGUGCUGAAGAAGUCCAAAGACCUGAAGUUCCUCACAGGCUUCGAGACCAAGGCCUUCCAGGAUGCCCAUGUGGAGGCGGUGAUGAUCCUGGGCGAGGCCUUCGCCUCCUCCGAGCCCUUUGACUUCAGCACGCAGAGUACGACACAACGCAUCCAGAGCCUGGUCCCGGUGAUGCUGCGGCACCGCCUCACGCCGCCCCCGGAGGAGACCUACUCCCUGCACCGCAAGAUGGCCGGCUCCUUCCUCAUCUGCUCCAAGCUGAAGGCACGCAUCUCCUGCCAGGACAUGUUCCGCGACAUCUACAACGCCUACCAGCAGCGACGGCUGGCUCCUGCUGCACAGGCUUAAAACAAAGAGUGACUCACUGUGUGUGUGUGUGUGUGUGUGUGUGUGUGUGCGCGCCUGUGUGGAAAUUAGGUGUGUGUGCACAAACAAAUGUAAUGUGUAAUUUGUUUGUAUGGUAAUUGGGUGAUUUAUCCUGUGAGUGUGUGUGUGUGUGCGUGUGAGUAGGAGCAGGAGCAUAGAGGACAAUACAAUGCUGCCAGCCGUACGAGGACCACUUGCUUAACUGGCUUGAUCAGAAACUCCAUGGACAGAAAAAAAGCCCUGCUGUUUGUACUGCCUUAUGUCAACAUCCUGAAAGCCAAACCUAAUAAGAGCCUGAAUGUACCGGUGCGGCACUACAUCAACUGCAUCAAGACUCUGGCAGGUACCAGGAAGAGGACACCACAGGGAUUAAGACUUGAUUGUUCUCGGUGGUGUUGUAACACACGUCAUAUAUUAUUACUCUGUGUCCGGUGUAAAAUGAAAAAUCAAGAUGCUUGCCUUGAACAUGUUCAUUUAAAUGCGAUUGGACUUUGUCUGUCUUGGUGUUCACUAGCAAAGCCUGUAAAGUAAUGGGAUCUUGGUGGUGUGGUUGUUACAGUGUCUCAGGCUGUUAUCAAUUUUUAUUUUUCACUGUAAUCGCUGAACUGUAAGUUAUCUUCUGUAAAUAUGCCACAACUAUCAUGCCUCUCAUAAAUCUGAGUCUUAUAUCAAA